AUGUCUACUCUUCUUUUUUGGAAUUGCAGGGGGGCUAGGAAGAGGGAGGCCGCCUUGUAUCUGAAGGAGGUGGUUAGAGAACAGGAUGUUUGUUUUGUUGGUCUUUUGGAGACUAAGAUGACUCAUAUUGGUAGGAAGGAGAUUGAUUAUCUCAUUGGGAAUAAUUGGGAUUUUUUUCAUGUCCCAGUUGUUGGCCUGUCUGGUGGUAUGGUGGUGUUAUGGGAUAAGAGAAUUGUCUCUUUUGUGGUCAAGAAUACUUCUUCACAAGUAAUAUUGGAGGAUCUGUUGAUCCCUAGUAUGGGCAUGUGGAAGAUUGCAACGGUUUAUGGGAGUCGUUGUUGUAAUGAAAGAGAGGAACUUUGGAGACAGCUUGAAGAUGGUUUGAAGGAACCUAUUCCCGCUAUCAUUGGUGGGGAUUUUAAUUGUAUUCUGAGCAAGGAGGAAAAGAGAGGAUGUAAGAGAUUUCUUUUUUCCAAAGGGCCAAGGGAGAUGAAGCAAUUUAUGUCAAAGUCAGAUUUUCAUGAUGUUAGGAGCAUUGGUCCAAAGUACACUUGGUGUAAUAACAAAGAAGGAACCUCUCAGAUUUGGGAAAGAUUGGAUAGGUGUUUGCUGAACUCUAUUGCUCUUCAGAGAAUCCCGACCGCUAUGACUAGACAUUUAGCAAGGGUGGCAUCGGAUCAUAGUCCGAUUGCCAUUAAAUUGGAUGGGAAGAUUCAAGUCAAGGGAAUAAUAUCAAAUUUGAAGAUACUUGGAGGUCUUAUCCAGUGA